AAACAUGAGCUGGUAUAGGACAGUAGCAAAAUUCUUAGUAGUAUCUAUAGGAAAAAAAGCAUUUUUAUUAGGAAUUUCCAAAGUGUUUGAUGCAGUAGAACUCCAAGCACAGUCCUAUGGAAUUCCACACAUAUAUCGUAGGACAUUGGAGAUAAAUCGGAAGGUCAUUCGCAAUCCUUAUAUGCGAAAAAGAACGACCGUUUGGAUUAGACAAGGGUUUCUAAUACCCAACAAAAUAGAUAUUAUUUUAGGCCUGGCGCCAAAAAAACCAAAUAUCCCACCUAACACGUUGCCACCAAAAACACUCUCACCUACAAAACCUACAUCACCACAGUCUCCUACAGGGACUAUUCGUCGUAGUUAA